AUGCCGCCUCUUCCCCAUAUCCGGCCGGAGAAUAUCCUCAGGCGCGCCGAAGAACUUAUCGCCGUCGACCAGCAAGCGUCUGCCUUGACCGUACUCCACGAACAUGUCACCUCCAAACGAUCCAGGAACAGCCCGAUCGCGUCUCUCGAGCCGGUCAUGGUGCUGUUCGUUGAGCUGUGUGUGGACUUGAGGAAAGGAAAGGCCGCCAAAGACGGUCUGUAUCAGUAUAAGAACAUUGCGCAGAAUACCAAUGUUGGCACUAUCGAGAUGGUGUUGAAAAAAUUUAUCCAGUUGGCGGAACAAAAAGUUACAGAGGCCCAGGCCAAGGCAGAUGAGAUCCAACAGUCUCUCGAAUCAAACACCGGUGCCACCUCAAACAUUGAGGAUCUAGAUGCCAUUGAAACACCAGAGACCAUUCUACUUGCUACCGUGUCCGGGGAACAGUCCAAGGACCGCACAGACCGCGCCAUCGUCACCCCUUGGCUCAAGUUCCUCUGGGAAACAUACCGUACCGUUCUCGAGAUCCUCAAGAACAAUGCCCGCCUUGAAGUGAUGUACCAGGCAACCGCUCUCCAGGCCUUCGAUUUCUGUCUCAAGUAUACCCGCAAGACCGAAUUCAGACGUCUGUGCGAGCUGCUCAGGAACCAUGUGCAGAAUGCCGCCAAGUAUUCAUCCCAGAUGCAUGCUAUCAACCUUAGCGAUCCAGAUACCUUACAGCGCCAUUUAGAUACCCGUUUCCAGCAGUUGAACGUCGCCGUCGAGCUUGAAUUAUGGCAGGAAGGUUUCCGUAGUGUGGAGGACAUUCAUACUCUUUUGAACCUGAGCAAGCGACCAGCUAAGAAUGUCAUGAUGGCCAAUUACUACGAGAAGCUGGCCCGUAUCUUCCUUGUCAGCGAGAACUACCUCUUCCACGCCGCCGCUUGGAACAGAUACUAUACCCUACUCCGUCAAUCUGCCAUCGCCGUAGCAUCAGGCCAGGUUUCAAAGAAGGACAACCCAUCCGUCUCCGAAGCAGACAUGACCAAGACCGCUUCUUUCGUUCUUCUCUCCGCCCUCUCCAUCCCCGUCAUCAGCACAUCUCGCUCUCGCGGCGCUCUGGUUGACGUUGAUGAAGCCCGCAAGAACAAAAACACUCGUCUUACCAACUUGCUCGGUAUGGCUGCCUCGCCUACCCGUUCCGCAUUGUUCAAAGACGCUCUCAACAAGGGCCUUCUAUCCCGUGCUCGCCCGGAGAUUCGAGACCUCUACAACAUCCUCGAAGUCGACUUCCACCCUCUUUCCAUUUGCAAGAAGAUCGCACCAAUCCUUGAACAGAUCGGUGCCGAUGCUGAGAUGGAGAAAUACGUCCAGCCUUUGCAGCAGGUCAUCCUCACUCGUCUUUUCCAGCAGCUAUCCCAGGUUUACGAGUCCGUGGAACUGAAAUUCGUGCACGAACUCGCUCACUUCCCGGCUCCUUUCCAGGUAACUUCCUCUAUGGUUGAGAAGUUCAUCAUGAAUGGGUGCAAGAAGGGUGAUUUAGCUAUCCGCGUCGACCACGUCUCGGGUGUACUCACCUUCGACUCAGAUAUUUUCUCCUCCGCCAAAGCUGUGCAUGCUGGUAGUGGUGCCGGCUCUGCUGAGAGCGAUGUCGGUGCCGUCCAGAGACUGCAAAGUACCCCUGCCGAGAUUGCCAGGUCGCAGCUCACCCGCCUCGCAAAGACAUUGCACGUUACCUGCAUGUAUGUUGACCCUACAUACAACGAGGCUCGGAUUGAGGCACAACAGCAGGCACAGGCCCGUGCCAAAGCCGGUGCAGCAAAGGAACAUGAACAGACUCUUGCUCGCCGUCUGAUCAUCGACAAAAAGAAGGAAGCCGCCUCGGAUGCUCUGCAGAAGAAGCAGCAGGAAGAAGAGACCCAGAAGCGUAUCCGCACGCAACAGCUACAGGAAGCCGAGAAGCAGCGUCUCCUUGAUGAGCACCGUGAAAGAGAACGCAAGCGUAUGAAGGAUGAGCAGGACCGUAUUCGCCAGGCAGAGCUGAAGAAACAGCUUGAGGAACUUAAGACUGGCAUCAAGGGUAUUGACGUUAGUGAGAUUGAUCUCGAAGAGUUGGACUCCAACCGUCUCCGAGCCAUGAAACUCGCACAGCUCGAGAAGGAAAAGAACGACCUCAAUGAAAAGAUCAGAGUCACUGCUAAACGCUUCGACCAUCUUGAGCGUGCUUAUCGUCGUGAAGAACUCAAGCACCUGCCUGAGGACUACGAUCAGCAGAAGAAGCGGGAUCUCGAGAUAUAUGAGCAGCAAAAGGCUGAAACCCUUGCAGCUGCUGAGCUUAAACAUAAGGAAGACGUGGCUCUAAAACACCGUCUGAGCCGCCUUGUUCCCCAUUUCAACAAGUUCAAGCACACCGUUACCGAGAAGCGACAUGAGGAGUUCGAACGUCGUCGUAAGGCGGCUGAGCGUGAGUUCGAGGCUAAGAAGAAACAACGUGUCAAGGAGGUACAGGAGCGUAUCAAGAGGGAGAAGAUGGAACGUGAGGCUGAGGAGCAGAGGAAGCGUGAGGAGGCAGAACGCGAAGAGAGGGAAGAGCAGGAGAGAGCUGCUAGGGACGAAGAGAGGAGGAGGAAGUUGGCUGAGGAGAAGGCUGCUAGGGAUGAGCAGAGAAGAAUCCUGGACGAGAAAGCUGCUAUUCAGAAACAACGUGAAGAAGAAGCCGAGAAACGCCUCGCAGCUAAACGCGCUGGCCUCGCUGAUCCUCGUCUCUCCCGCGCUCCACUCAAAGCCGCCGCCGAUUCACCUCGCACCGACUCCGCCGAACGCACCGCUCCCCGUCUCAACCUCGCAGCCCGCCCUGGCGGCACCUCCUGGAGAGAAAGACAAGCUGCCAAGCAAGCUGCUGGCGGCGACUCCGCUGCUGAAGAAUCAUCCACCCCUCCACCACCACGAACCCUUCCAGGCCGUGACCGCGAACCUCGCGAGCUUCCAUCCCGCGACCGUGAACCACCAGCCCGCGAUCUCAGUGCCCGAGAUACCCUUCGCAAACCAUCCGGACCCUCCAGCGGUGGUGCAUACGUCCCCGUCCACCUACGCGGACGCGAUAGCUCAGCAAACGGCACCGCCCCCCGAUUCCAAUCCAGAGGUCGGGAUGUUUCUUCUUCCGACUCACGACCACCAGUUACCCGAAGCCCUGCUCCCCCUGCCGAUAGCGAAGGAAAGGAAGAGUCAAGAUUGCCGCCUGCCAGUUCGGGCGCAUGGAGGCCUAGGUUUAAACAGUAG